AAAUAGAAUUUAUUUUAUUUCGUAUUUUUACUUGUCGUUUCUAUGGUGAUGAUUGUCAGUGUUAUUUGAAAUAUUUUUGAUAUUGUCAAAUAAUGUUUUCAAUAAGUGGUAAAACUGGCAUAAUCGUCGCUGCAGCUGCAGCAUUAGUUGGCGCGGCGAGUUGGUUUAUCAGAAGGAAAUAUUGGAGGGAUGAGGAAGAGGAGAUAGAAGAAGGUGUGGUUUAUGAUGAGCAAGAUAAUAAAUUUUCAUUGGAAGAACUGAAAAAGAUCAAGUUGGACAAAAUCAAAACUAACUGCAGAGGAGUUAAAUGCCAACUUAUAGGAGACUUCAUGGAAGUGCCGAACAGAGAAAUACAGGCGAUUCUUGGCAAUAAACAAUUAGAAAAUGUUUUUUAUGCUGCUGGCCCUUUUAUAUACAAGAAUGGUGGUUUGCCUGCAGUGCAUAAAGCACUGGAAGACUAUGGAGAUGUCGUGGAGCGGACCAAAUGGUAUGCAUCUGCAGUCAAAGCAGGAAUAAACCCCUAUUUGUGAGCAAGCAUUGAGGGCAGUAUCUUUUGGCUUAAAUCAAAUUUUUGUUUUAUAUUUUUGAAUAAAUUAUAGAAAUUAAAACAAUUUUUUUCAUCCAA